AUGAAAGAAAAAAUCCAAAAGGUGAAGGGAAUCCCUAUAGCCAAACAAACCCUAGUUUUCAAUGGAAAUGUUUUGAAGAACGAACUCAACAUCCACUACUCAGAUAUCCUCGACCAGUCCUACAUUCAGCUGCUCGUUGCUGGAGAACUUUCCGGAACAAAGAUCCAACUCCUCGUCAAAAUGCAGGCAUCAAAACUCGGAGUGGCGCUCGAAAUGGACGUUAAAGAAACAAUCCGAACACUAAAGGAGAAAAUCCAAGAUAUAGAAGGGAUCCCCGUUAAAAAAAUUGAAAUCGAUGUGAGUUUUCGAUCAUCUUCGACAACAACAGCUUUAUCUGGAUCAUCAGGGAAUAUGGGCAGUGGAUCAAGAAAACUGAGGAUUAUUGUUGUGACAAAAUGUGGGACUAAAAGGAUUCCAAUUCAUGUAAAUGCUUGGGAUAUUGUUGGGGAUGUGAAGAAGAAGCUACACAAAUUGAAUGAAAAGUUGCAGUUGGAUCUUCCACAAGAAGGCUAUUUUUUCAUUUACAAACAAAAUGUGAUGGAUGAUGAUCGUUCUUUUAGGUGGCACCAUGUUGGCCAAGGUGAUACCAUUGAGAUCUUCAAUGGGAGUCUUUCUGGCUGA